AUGGGGUCGGGCGUCUCGUCGUCGGCGAAGAUGGUCGUGCUCUCGCACUCGUCGCAGGUGGACACUGUGCGCCGCAUCCUCGGCGUCAACGCGGCCGUGCCCAUUGUCACCGAGCUAUUUCCCAUCAACAUUCAGUCGCGCUACGCCUUGUUGCAGCAGUGCGAGCUCGCGAUCGUGGCCAUGGACGUCUACUUUCAGUUCUCGGACGUCCUCCUCACGUCGCUUUCGUUCCUCAAAGACAGUCGCAAGACGAUCCAAUCCGCGUCCGUGGACAGCUACUUUGAGCCAUCGGGUGCGAUCGGAGCCAUUUGCUUUGGCUAUGGCACGUGGGUACCAUCUCUGCAUGACAAUGUGCACGCGCUGCAGCAGCUCGUGGCGGCCGGCGCUUGGCUGCCGCUGCCCGACAUGCCCGAGCCGGCGCUACCGCCGAUCGUACCCGACACGUUGAUGCACGAUGUGUGCAUUCUCUUUGAAGGCGACGUUGGUAAAACCGUAGCUGCCUUCUUGACCACGCUGGCGUCGCAAGGGCUGGCGAUGCCCGAGCGCUGCAGCGUCGCCGAUGCGAACGAUUCAACGGCGCUCGAAGGCAUGACAAGUGCCAAGCUCGUGCUCUGCGUCAUCACCGAGUCCUCGGCGACGUCGCCUGCGUACCAGCGCGCUCUCGAGGUGGCGCUCGUGUCCAAAAAAUGCCUUCUUCCGAUCAACUGCUGCGAGCAUGGCGGCCUCACCGGGUGGCUCGGCCUCGCGUUUGCAGGGCGGCUCUGGUACCCGCUGCGUCCGUCGCAUCUGGACGGCAUUUUCACCAAGUACGCCGAGAUUGACGCAAGUCCGUGCUGCGUCUCCGACUCGUGCACGGCCUCGGACCUCCUUGCGUACGUUCACAGCGCCUUGGUCGACGAAUGCCAUCUCUUCACGACAGAGGAGGCUCGGUUGAUGGCGUACGAAGCCGCAGUGCUCCAAGACCGUCAAGCGCGGGCUGCCGCCAUGGGCCUCUCCGCGGCGCCGGUCCCAUUGAUGCCGGACCGUUGGCAGUGGACAGCAGACACACAACUGCCACGCCUAAACAUCGCAUCGUUCGUGCCUUCGUCUGUGAUUACCGACACGGUGCAAUACACGGUAACUCGCUUGUCGCUGGCGCCGCCUCCGGCGAUCGUCGACGCCCACGGUCUCCCCCGCGCGUCGGUGCAGAUCGACGCCAUGUUUUCCUAUGCGUGGAAGCAGCAGUCGGCGGUGCUGCAGCUGUACCAACAAGGCUCGGUUGCCCACCUCCGUGUGUGGAUGGAUGUCAUGGGCUACAUGAAGGGCAACAUUUACGCCGCCAUGGCCACGGCCGUUUCGAGUGUCGGCGCCGUUCUGAUUUGCUUAUCGGCGGCCUACAUCGCCUCCAUCAACUGCAAACUCGAGUUCUUAUAUGCCGCGCACUGCCGUACACCAAUGCUCUUUCUCAUCUUUGACGACGUGGAUCUAACCGCGUUGCCCGAUUGGAUCACGGCCGUCACGGGCGGCCCACUGCCUUUGUAUCCCGCGACCGACUCGGAUCGCAAUCACUUGUUUGCGAUACGGUACAACCAAGCUGGCGCCCAAGGCAUCCUCUUUAGCCUCCUUCGGUCGCUCGCAGCGGCGCAUGCGUCAGCACCGCCCCGUAUGUGCCGCGACGGCACACUGGGCCUGGCCCACGCCACGUCGUGGUUCCGCGAGGCACUUUUGGCCCACGAAACGAGCAGCAUGGAGCGGUGCCGCCGCUGCGACGCGCCUUUCAGCCCGACAGCGCCAACACGCUCGUGCCGCGUGCAUGCGGCCUACUACAUGGGCGGCACGCUCCUCCCAGGGCACUGGGUAUGCUGCAACGAGCCCAAGAAAGACGGCAUUGGCUGCGAGGCCGCCGACCACACAACCCUGGAGCAGAUAUGGUGCUGUGAUACACGCUAUGGGACAUAUACGUGGCAGCCGGUAGCGCGCGAGUAACGAAAUAAAG